AUGCAUAGUGUUAAAUCUCUCUUCUCCCGUGCGCUCAAGCACCUACGCGGGGAACAUCCCGAGCCACUCCCCGAAGGCCCGGAAACCCGCCCUUCCUUGGCAUGCAUGCCGGCUGAGCUGGUACUCGACAUCCUUUACCGCCUUCCUCCGCUCAGUCGGAAAGCCUUGUCCCAAACAUGUCGACGGUUCCGGAACUUUCCUGAGCUGCGUGAUGCUGAGCUAGCCCUCCAGAGCGAGAGGUUUGAAUUUCUCUGCAUGCUGGAACGAGACGGGGCGCUCUCCAAACUCGUGUGUGCCGGCUGCAAGUGCGUCCACAAGAAAUCCUGUUUCGCCAAGAAUCAGUUGCGAGAAAGCCCGGAAAACCGCUACUGCGUGGCCUCGCUGCCGGUGUUGCAGAUCUGCUCCGCCAGGACGCUCAGCUUCAACGAGGCGAAAGAGAAUUUCAACCUGAUUCGCAAACUGCCUCAGGAGAGCAUGCCGGAUUCGCCCAAAUGGCGUAUGAUCCCGUGUGAGCAUGGUCCUCAGUACGAAGUCCCAGGCCAUUUCUGGUUCACAACGCGGUUCUGGCCGACGAAACUGAAGCAGCUGGAUGUGCUCUGUCUCUUCCCGACGCGAUGCGACGAUAUACCCACGAAGGAAACCGUGAAUGAAGCGCUGAGAGACUUGGAUAUUCGUAUUUGCCCGCAUAUGGAGGUGUCAGAUCCCAGGAUCCUGGACACCUACCACCCGAUCAUGAUCAACCGGACCUCCGCGCGCGAUGUCAUCUACAACACCGUUGUGUGUCCGCAGAAAUCCUGUCGAACCAAAGCAGGUCUUUCAUAUCCAUCACGCUCCUGCUGUGUCUCGCACACGGUCCUGCAGCUCCGCGUCGUGAGGGAGCUGGGCUCAUUGAGGAGCCCGAAUUCUGCAGCUUGGAAAGCGCAGACUUGUCCUGUUUAUCCGUUGGCGUCGGGUGCCAUCACCGCUCCGCAAUCCGAAUGA